AUGUUUAGUUAUGUGCACCUGCCUCUUCUUUUCGACUCACAGACUGCCGGAACGAGUGAUGCUAACAGCCCCGCUGAACCCGGCGCUUCAGGCGUUCCUGGUCCGACCCCUCAAGUGGCCGCCAGUGCUGGUGCUGGAGGUGGGGCUGGGGCUGGCUCAGGUGCAGCUGCAAGUUCAGUCGGAUUCCACGAACGUUUCCGUCUUUGGGUGACCACAGAAGAGCAUCCCAGGUUUCCGAUCAACUUUCUACAACGAUCCGUCAAGUUCACAAAUGAACCACCUGAAGGCAUCAAAGCAAACCUUCGACGCACAUAUUCGGAAAUCUCACAGGAUCAGCUUGACAUCUGCGUCACCUACCACUGGAAGAUCAUGUUGUAUGCACUCGCGUUUAUGCAUUGCACCGUGCAGGAGCGUCGUAAAUAUGGACCGAUGGGAUGGAGUAUACCAUACGAGUACAAUCAGUCGGACUUCAACGCCUGUCUGCAAUUCAUUCAAAAUCAUCUGGAUAACUUGGAGUUCAAAAAGUCUCAAAAGAGCAGUGUAAGUGUUGCAUAA